AUGUGCCCUCCAGUCAGCAAGCGGUAUGUGGCAGAGGGCCUGUCCUACCUCUACAUGUCCUGGAUGUAUCAGCUUCAACACGGCAGCCAGCUAAGGCUCUGCUUCGCUUGCUUCAAGGUUGCCUUUCUGGACUUUAAACGGAUGCUGGAGUCAGAAGAUUGGGAAGAUGGAGAUUGGGACUCUGAGCUGAUGGACGAUUCCGAGGCGUGGUCUGAGCAGGGGUCAUCCCCAGGGAUGGGGCCAAGCUGGGGGCAGGGCCAAGGGCAGCCUGCACAGGGUGGGGCUGUGGGCUGGGGGUCAGGCACCCUGGCAUCAGGCCUUGUGGAGUCAGAAGAUGUGGGCUUGCACAAUCACAUUGUGCCCACCGAACUGCAGCCUCAGGAUGCCGUACCCCUGGACCUGGGUGCUGAAGAUGCUGACUGGACCCAGGGCCUUCCCUGGAGACUUGAGGGGCUCCCUAUCUGCUCCCACUGGCCAAGCCCCCUUCCUCCAUGGCGGGGGUUUUUCAAAGUGGACCUGCCCCUGGGGGAACCCAUGGUACUGGAGCUGGGCACCACCCGGAACGUGGACCCUGCUGAGACUAAGACCUGGUUACUGGACCUGCAGGUUCUCUCCCUGGUGGGCUGCUGUGAUGUCAUCUACCUCCAGAAGAUGAAGCCAAGAAAGGCCUGGAGGACCCCAGGCCAGUGUUGGAAACUACUGCUGGAGCCUGAUGAGUGGUGGGUGGUAAGACUCCAAGAUGUACCCCAGAUGCAAGACCUGCACCACUGGAAACUAAGCAUUCUGGAAUCCUCUUCUCUGGAGCAGAAUGUAGAUCUGGUGCCUGUGGACUCAGUCCUGCUUAAGAGGGGACUCACCAUCCUCUCUUUUUCACCCUGGGCCAAGAGGGAGGCAGAGGAGGGGGACUCAGCCUCUAGGCCACAGUCCUCCACCCAAGAAUGGGAUGCCGGCACCAGUGGGCCCAGAACGCCUGGGGAGAACCUGGAUGCUGUGGGAGCCUCGGCCCUGGGAGAGCUGCCACGUUUCCAGCCCCUCAACCAGGGGUCCCAGAACUGA